GGGUGAAGCCUCGGCCUAGUGCCGAGUAGCGGCGCCCUAGUCGGCCUAGUCGGCCCCCGAAUGGGGCCCUUCUCCACGUUGGGCAAGAAUGCCUCGCCUGCCCUUCCUUGAGUUUGAUGGCCUGCUCGGAUGACGGUGUCCUGCAGUUCAGCUGCCGUCAGCCACAGCCGUCGUUCGCCGCGCGCAAACCAGGCACUCCCUCCCAGGCCCUCUCUAGGCAUGCCGAAUGCUCACCACGGUCGGACCCGGCUCGAACUCAAUCAUCGCUGCUCGCUUCCGACUCUGGUAAUGUCAUCGAGAUCCGGGAACCAUGGGCGUGUUUGACAUGCGCCCCGAUCCAGUUCCAGCGAGCAGUUCCAGACAGCCAGACACCAUCCCCUGGCCUCCCCGGGCCAAGAUGGGCCCCCGAAGGUUCUACCACACGCCAGAGCCGAUGCCGUGGGCCAACGAGAGCCCGUCCCCCGUCUCCUCCUCCUUUCCCCGACGAGGGCCGUGGAACCCGAGGUUCUGCCUCGCCCCUUGGGACCACUCACCACCGGCCGUUCCCCAGCAUUCCGGCCCUUCUGACUGGCCCGUCGGCUUCGGCCGGCCCUCCAGACCAGGAAGCCCGUCGAGCCAGCAUCAUGGCUGGCGGCCGAUGCCAUGCCCCGGCGGCACACGCUGCCUGCACUCGGCUCUCCACAGGUCGGCUCUCGUGGAUCUUUUUUCCCUGUUGAUUUUUUUUUCUUGCGUCGCUCAUACGAUGCGGAGCAUAAAAGGGGGCUUGUCUCCCCAGAUUCUGUCUCUCGAGUCGGGCACUUUCCAUCUUCCAUUCCACCCCGAUCUUCUCU